GUCUCUCCGUGUCUCUCCGUGUCCUGCAUCUCUCCACCCAGCGCCUCUCUCCCCUCAGUUUGCCCAAUCGCGUCCCGACGUUUGUUGAGAGAGCUUGUGCCUCCUUCAUCGGCGCACCAGGUGGAUAUAGGACAUCCCUUUAGUCUCGUCAGACCAAACUUAAGGCAAAAUUGACAGAGCCUCCUCUAGGAGACACCUGACGAUGCACUGGACGCUGAGGGUACUGGUGGCGACGGCCUGCCUCGCCUCGCUAACCUGGGCGGGACAACUCAGAGGGAACAAAGGGAACAAAGUGGAGAGUCAAGCCAAUGUGGAACAAGAUGAAGUAUUAGCCAUAGACCCUGAGGAGAGAAUUAUCACUGUUGGCAACGCAGAUUCCACUAAGCACGCUGUGGCGGGGUCUAUCGUCCUAACCGGGGUGUGGAUUGGCGCCAUGCUGAUAAUCGCCGAGCUCAUCAAGGGCAUCGGCACCAGGAUUUACCCGUUGGAGGGCUCGCAGGGGGAUGAGCAGAUUCUAAUUUCCGUAAGGUCUGCCAGCGCCUCAACGGGCCUCCUGGAGCGGGCCCUCGCCGGCAUUGAUUCUGUAAACUCGAGGAUGGCGUCUGAGGAGCGCGCAGUGUGCAGGAAGAUGUCACUCUGUCAGAUGGGAAACAUGACGUCAGGAUUCAGAUAUGUCCACACCUUCCUGGAGAUUCUUAGACCAGUCUUCCCGCAAAUCGAUGACAACUGGGAGGGUCUACUGGCUGGGGAAGCACGAGAGGACUGCAAUAUCCUGUACCCAGAAUGCCCCGGUGCCAUCUUGAGAGCAAUGUUCGCGGAAGUUUACUAAUGCAGCAGUCACGUUUCGCGCAACACGGAUCUGAGAAACUGCCAGAGAUAUAAUAGUAAUUCCGUAAUGAAAACAUGCAUUAAUUUCUCUUGUGUUGGAGUCAGUCAUUAACUUAACUGUAGUCAUUCCUCCCUAAGAGAAUCGUUAUCUAUAGCAGUCAGUCAUUCCCUUGUCUUUUUUUUUUAUCCAGCUCUUUAUCAUUCCUCUUAUGAAAGCCAAAUAUGUCAUUCCCAUCCUCAAUUACACUCAUUCCCCUUCAGAAAAAAAGCCCAAAUGGUAUAUAUAUAUAUAUAUAUAUAUAUAUAUAUAUAUAUAUAUAUAUAUAUAUAUAUAUAUAUAUAUAUAUAUAUAUAAACUCGAUUACACUCACUCUUAAGGAAACCAACAACGAUAUGCAGAUACACUUAUUCCUCUUCUGAAAACCUCACUUCUAAGACUCGACCACAUCCACUUAAAAACCCACAACUAGUACAUACAAAUAGACUCAAUCCCUUCAGAAAAAACAAAUAUUGAUCUUCCCUAACCUCCAGUUCACUCCCACAUAAGAGCAAACAAAUAUACACAAGAACACUCAUUGCUAGAGUGCAGUGACCUGGGAAACAGACUGGCUGUAUUCAGGCUAUGAUCCCGAGAUACUGACACUCAUGCUAAUCACUCACUCUACAAGGCCAUUCUGAUUCCUACUAAGUGUCCCAGUGACGCCUUGAACUCUUAACCCCUUUACUACAGAGACGCAUUUUUACCUUGACUUUUAGAUAUGAUGACACGAUUUUAUUUGCAUUACGAAGGGUCUAUGGAGGUCAAAAGAAUAAUGGCCAGAGUCUUUACUAUUCGAAUCCCAACAUAUGUUUUCUGAAGCUGUAUAAAAUCACCAAAUAGUAACCUGAAUGAAUAAGAAAAUGAAUCCCGGUGCUGAAUAGAUUAAUGGUCUUGUAAUUUCAUUGGGGUCAUUUUUCAGUCCCUUUGUUGCCUUUAUCCAAUGAAAAAGUACUGUUUUGUUAGUAAAUUAAGGGGGACAGUAACUAUUUAUUCUUUUAUUUCUCAUAUUUCCAUUUCUUUUUAAUCAUUUCUUCAGCCCUUUAGUUGCCUUUGUGCAGUGAAAAAGGCUGUGUAUUGUUAGUAAAUUGAGAAAGAGAGUAACUAUUUUCCCUCGUACUUAUUUCAUUUUCUGUUUUUUUCCCCAAUUCGUAAAUAACAAUGGUGAUUAAAAAUGACUUUGUUUUGUAAGUUGAGGAAUAAGUUCAUUUUCGUGUUUCGUUUACUUUUCCUUAUUUUUUUUUCAUAUCUUUUCUUUCUCCUCAUUUUUGUGGUUGUAAGAUCUUAUGUUGCGUCCCUAUUCUAUUUUUUUUUGUCCAUUCAUUUGUUUCUGCCGCGCAUUUAGUUAUCUAUUCCUAAGUCGAGGAAUAAAUAAAUCUUUGUGCUAAGUCCAUAUUUUUCAGCUUUUUUCUUUCUUUUUUUGAAGCUAAAGAAUGUUAUAUUUAUUAUCUUACUUCAUUUAUAUUUUCAUUCCUCUUCACAUAACUUCCAUCUCCUCUCCGUAUUCCCACAGAUGGUUAAUUUAUUUUACACAUUUUUAUUCACCUAUUUAUUUGUCUUUAUUUAUUUCUACUAAUGUAAAUGUACUUGAAUGUAUUUAUUUGUAUUUAUAUCAGUCCUCGCUGGCCGCGGAUCGACACUAAUUGUUACUUCCACGUUAAUAAAGCAAUGUUGAACUGAA